AGAAAACUCACAUACAGGAAAAGAAAAUCACUUCACAGGUAAAAGAAAAACGUUUACAUGAUCAUCAUCGCUAGAAGAACCUUCAAUUUUUCUUUGCUGCUUUGAUCCUGUCUUUUAUUUAUGUCCUUCUUGAAUUAUAAACAAGAAAGAAAGAGACUUUCCCACGUGAAAUGGCAGGUGAAGGAAAGGCGAGGAGUGAAGACUUGAACUUGUGUUUCGAGAAGCUGAUGCUGCUUGCUUUUGGUGGUGGAAAGAGUGGGAGUAGUGAAGGAGGUGUGAAAAUGGAAGGUGCGGUGAUCACCGAGUGGAAAGAUAUUCCCGUGGAGCUGUUGUUAAGGAUUGUUUCUCUUGUUGAUGAUAGGACUGUGAUUAUGGCUUCCGGGGUUUGUUGUGGAUGGAGGGAUGCUAUUUGCAUGGGACUCACCCAUCUCUGUCUCUCUUGGUGUAAAAAGAACAUGAACAACUUGGUUCUCUCUCUUGCUCCUAAAUUUACAAAACUCCAAACUCUUGUGCUGCGCCAGGAUAAACCACAACUUGAGGAUCAUGCUGUUGAGACUAUUGCUAGGUACUGCCAUGAUCUGCAGGACCUGGAUCUCAGCAAAAGCUUUAAGCUCAGUGAUCUCUCUCUGUAUGCAUUAGCUCACGGUUGUCCAAAUCUUACAAAACUCAACAUCAGUGGGUGUACGGCAUUUAGUGAUGCUGGUCUUGAGUAUCUUACCAAGUUUUGCCAAAAAUUAAAGAUCUUGAAUCUCUGUGGAUGCGUCAAAGGUGCAACUGACCGUGCCUUGCAGGGUAUUGGACGCAACUGCAGUCAGUUGCAGUCUUUGAAUCUGGGAUGGUGCGAGGGCGUGGGUGAUGUUGGAGUAAUGAGUUUAGCUUAUGGAUGUCCUGAUCUCAGAACCCUCGACUUGUGUGGGUGUGUCUGUAUAACAGAUGAUAGCGUGAUUGCUUUGGCAAACAGGUGUCCCCAUCUGAGAUCCCUCUGUCUGUACUACUGCCGAAACAUCACGGAUAGAGCAAUGUAUUCCCUUGUCCGCAAUCGAGUGAAGAACAAGCUUUCAAUGUGGGAAUCAAUGAAAGGCAGGUGUGAUGAGGAAGGAUUGAGGAGUCUAAAUAUCAGUCAGUGCACGGCACUCACACCUCCUGCUGUUCAGGCUCUAUGUGACUCGUUUCCUGCACUUCACACCUGCUCAGGGAGGCAUUCCCUCGUCAUGAGUGGCUGUUUGAACUUGACAUCUGUGCACUGUGUCUGUGCUGUCCAGGCACACCGCCCUGCAAGUUCUUUUCCUCAUCCAGCACAUUGAGCCGUACAUGCAGCUCGGAAUUUCGAAGGAGCUCUGCAUGUGAGCCUGUUGGAGGUAGAACUAUGUCCCCGUAAAUACGUUGAUGUGUUUAGAGCUUGACCAUUUCAAUGCAAAUGGCAGCCCCCUUGUUGCAAAAUAUGGUCUGUAAAACUAUGGACUUUUAUCAGGCCCUAGGUUUCUGAAGUGAGCAAAGCAUUUUGGCUUUUGAAGCCAAGUUUAUUGUUCAAA